ACAAUCUUCUUAUCUCCUAUAAGCUUGUUAGGUAAGUUCAAACAGACGUCAAUCUAUAUUAAUCAUUACGCUUUGGAACGUUCUCCUGUACGGUCGCGAGCAGCUUAAAAAAAUCAAAUUUAACAUUAAAAAAUGGCAAGCUUAAAGAAGGAAAAAAUCGGUAUCAUUGGCAGUGGCUUGAUUGGGCGGUCAUGGUCGAUGUUAUUUGCAUCGGUAGGUUAUCAAGUAAUGCUUUAUGAUAUUUUGCCAGAACAAAUCCAAACAGCAUUACGUGAAACUGAAAAGGAACUAGCUUCAUUAGAAGCAAAAGGUUUGCUUCGAGGCAAAUUGAACAGUCAGCAACAAUUCAAAUGUAUUUCGGCUACAAAUGAUCUCAAGGAAUUAGCCAAAGAUGCAAUUUUCAUUCAGGAAUGUAUACCAGAGAGACUGGAAAUGAAGCAAAGUCUGUAUUUAGAUCUUGAUAAAGUUGUUGAGGCAAAAACAAUUAUGUCAAGCUCAACCAGUACAUUCUUGCCAUCGUUGUUUAGCAAAGAUUUGAAGCACAGAGAAAAUAUCGUCGUUUCUCAUCCAAUUAACCCACCUUACUAUGUGCCUCUUGUUGAAGUCGUACCUGCCCCAUGGACCAAACCAGAAGUUGUCAUAAAGACACGUGCUAUUAUGGAAGAAAUUGGUCAAAAACCAGUCACACUAAGUCGUGAAAUCGAAGGAUUUGCCUUGAAUCGCAUUCAAUAUGCCAUUUUAAAUGAAACCUAUCGUCUGGUCGAAGCUGGCAUUUUAAAUGUCAAAGAUAUCGAAAGUGUUAUGUCCGAUGGUCUUGGUAUGCGUUAUGCAUUCUUGGGACCCUUAGAAACAGCUCAUUUGAAUGCCGAAGGAAUGAGAAAUUACUUGGAACGUUACUCACCCACAAUGUAUGCCGUGUCUCAGACAAUGGGACCAACACCAAAAAUGGGAGGCGAAACAGGUGCUGAAAUUGCUAAGCAAUUAGAAGCUAUGGUGCCAUUAGAUAAAUUAGCCGAAAGACGUGCCUAUCGUGAUAGUUGUCUAACCAAGUUGAGCAUGCUGAAAAAUGAUAUUAAAAAAGGAUUUUAAACAAAAUUCCAGUUUUUAGUGUUUUUGAAAUUCGUAUUUUUUUAUUAUUUACAAUGGAAAAAUAAAUGAAAAAAAAAAAACUCAAUAGAUUUGUAUAAAAUAAACAAUAAAGUGAAUAUAUGCUAUACAUAACCAUCAA